AUGGCUUCUUCUUUCUCCUUCGCCUCCCUCCCCAUGGUUCUGCUGCUGCUGCUUCUUCUCCACGGCCAGUCGUCCUCCGCCUACGUCGAGCAGACCUGCAGCGACGCGUCGAAGAGCGACCGGCGGGUGAACUACGACUUCUGCGUCAACCGCCUGUACAAGAGCCCUUGGUCGACGGAGGCAGACACGUGGCGGCUUGCGCAGAUCGCCGCCGAGCUCGGGCUGAACACCACGGAGGUCGGGAAGAGCAAGAUGGACGAGCGGGUGCCGUCCGAGCGGGACGCGGCCGUGAAGGCGCUCCUCGAGGCUUGCUCGACCAACUACGACGACAUGGGGACGGCGUUGGCCAAGGCCGACGACGGCAUCCGGGCGAGGGACUACGGCUUGGCGAAGGGGCUGCUGACGCAGGCCAUCCGCAUGGGGUCGCAGUGCGGGAGCAGCUUCUCCAAAGCCGGAAAGGCGGCGCCGGCGGUCGUCGCUCAGCUCGACAGCGAGGGCGUCAACUUGUCUAUCUUGUGUUACGCCAUCACCAACUUGCUGAAGUAG